GGGGCAAAGCGGGGGAAAAGAGAGGGAAAAGAGUCAGGAGCGAGGCGGGCGAGGACGAGGGCGAGGGCACGGCGGGGUCCCGGCCGGCCAAAGGAGGCUCGCAGAAGCAGCAGCCCGCCGCCCGACCGCAGCUGGAUUGUGACGAUUGAUCCAGAAGACUGCAUUAAUUUCAGGAAUUGAUUGGAGAGACACUGUCUCUGCCACUAACAGCCAUGUAACCUUCGAUAUGGAAGAAAGAAACAGCAUUGCCAUGUUGGUGCCAGAGAUUGGAGAACAGGAGGCUGUGUUAACUGCUGAAGGAGUCCUCAGUCCUGCCUCGGAAGUUGACGAACAAAGAAAAGCCAAAGCGGAUCCAUUGGUCCAUGUCAUCCAGAAGUUAAGCAAGAUAGUAGGGCAUGAAAAGUCACAAAAAUGUCUUCUGAUUGGGAAAAAGCGCCCACGUGCAAGUGUGAUGCCACAUUCUCUUGAAACCCUAGAGCACUGUGAGAUUCCAGCUAAAGCAGCUGAGUCCCCUGCCGCUGAGAUUAGGAAAUCCGAGAUGUCACAAGCAAAUCCCACUCCAGACUGUCCUGCCUCAAAUGAUGGGAUGGCUAUGUCCUACCAGUGUAGCCUUUGUAAGUUUCUGUCAUCGUCCUUCUCGGUGUUGAAAGAGCACAUCAAGCAGCACGGGCAGCAGAACGAUGUAAUGCUAAUGUGCUCAGAGUGCCACGUCACAUCCAGAAGCCAGGAGGAGCUCGAAGCUCAUGUGGUAAAUGAACACGAAAAUAGUGCCAGUAGCCACGCCCAGCUUAGCUCCUCCUGCCAGGGAGCCACAGAAAGAAAGAAUGAGACCAUGGUGGACAUCCCAGUGAGCAUGGGCAGUCCACAGACCCAUGCUGUCCAAAGUGCAGCCGUGGCAGAGGUGGGCAGGAGGAAGUGGUAUGCGUACGAGCAGUAUGGCAUGUACCGGUGCUUGUUCUGUAGCUACACCUGUGGCCAGCAGCGGAUGCUGAAGACACACGCUUGGAAACAUGCAGGGGAAGUUAACUGCUCCUACCCAAUCUUUGAGAAUGAAAAUGAGCCCCUGGGCCUUCUUGCUUCUUCAGUGUCUGCUGCACCUGGUGGGGUUGAUGCAGUCGUCAUUGCUAUUGGGGACAGUGAACUGAGCAUCCACAAUGGGCCAUCUGUACAAGUACAGAUUUGCAGCUCUGAGCCACUGUCCUCUUCAUCUCCUUUAGAAGAGAGCACAGAGGAGGGAGUACACCUAAGCCAGUCAGUCACCCUGGACUCUAAUGAGGAGGAAAUGCUAGAGGUGAUGUCUGACUCGGAGGAGAAUCUGUUUGCUGAUAGUUUGCUCUCAUCAGCACAGAAAAUCAUUAGCAGCAGCCCAAACAAAAAAGGUCAUGUGAAUGUCAUUGUGGAACGUUUGCCAAGUGCAGAAGAAACCCUCCCGCCAAAACAUUUCCUCAUGAAUGCUGAGAUGGAAGAAGGGAAGAGCCUUAGCCCUGCCAAUGCCCAGACUGGGUGUGGAGGAGCAGGAGACAUCUACCAUGCUGACAAAUGUACUGUUGAUAUUGGGGGGUUGAUCAUUGGCUGGAGCAGUGCAGAGAAGAAAGACAGUGAGCUAAGUAAGGGCCUGGCUGCUGAUGAGAAUGCCCCGCCAGGACGGAGAAGGACCAAUUCUGAGUCUCUCAGGCUGCACUCCUUAGCUGCAGAAGCCCUUGUCACCAUGCCGAUAAGAGCUGCUGAACUAACGAGAGCCAGCCUUGGGCACUAUGGGGACAUAAACCUUUUAGAUCCGGACACUGGACAAAGGCAGGUCAGUGGUCCAUUGGCAGCAUACUCAAAAAAAAUCAUGUCUCCUCUUAAGAACUCUUCAGAUGGAGUGGCAAAUUUUAACCAAAGCAGCUCCACUGUGGUAGCACUCCCAGAGGGAAGGCAGGAGUUGUCAGAUGGGCAAGUUAAGACAGGCAUCAGCAUGUCCCUUCUUACUGUAAUAGAAAAACUGAGAGAAAGGACAGACCAGAAUGCAUCAGAUGACGACAUUUUGAAAGAGUUGCAGGACAAUGCCCAGUGUCAGCCCAACAGUGAUGGGAGUUUGUUAGGGUCCAACGUGGUGGAAUACAUCCCGGAUGCUGAGCGGCCCUACCGCUGCCGCCUGUGCCACUACUCAAGUGGCAACAGGGGCUACAUCAAGCAGCACCUACGUGUCCAUCGGCAGAGGCAGCCUUACCAGUGUCCUAUCUGUGAUCACAUAGCUGAGGACAGCAAAGACUUGGAAAGCCACAUGAUCAACCACUGUAAAACCAGAGUCCACCAGUGUAAGCAGUGCAAAGAGUCUUUCCAUUACAAGAGCCAACUGAGAAACCAUGAAAGAGAACAGCACUCUCUGCCCAACACCUUGUCAGUAGCUUCAAAUGAGCCAAGAAUUUCCCGUGAUGCCGCUGAUGGAAAGUGUAUUCAGGAAGGGAACAAGUCUUCAACCCAGAAGCAGUAUAGGUGUGAUGUGUGCGAUUACACAAGUACAACAUAUGUUGGUGUCAGAAACCACAGACGAAUCCAUAACUCAGAUAAACCAUAUAGGUGCUCCUUAUGUGGGUACGUGUGCAGCCACCCCCCUUCCUUGAAGUCACACAUGUGGAAGCACGCGAGUGACCAGAACUACAACUAUGAGCAAGUUAACAAGGCCAUCAAUGAUGCAAUCUCACAAAGCAGCAGAGUUCUGGGCAAAUCCCCUGGGAAAACAUUCUUAACCAGCAGUGGAGAGAGAGCUGACCCUACCACAGGCAGUCCAGAAGACUUGGUGUCAUCCUCAGAGCUGACUUCCCAGCUGCCCAGUGAAGUCCUAGAUGCCAGCGAGCUUGAGAAACUGAGCCCCACAGGCAGCAACUCUGACAUCUCAGGAAGGAGCUGCAGCUUGGCUGCACCAGGCACUGAGUACUGCGUGCUGCUCUUCUGCUGCUGCAUCUGUGGCUUCGAGUCAACCAGCAAGGAAAGCCUCCUGGAUCACAUGAAAGAACAUGAGGGAGAGAUUGUCAGCAUCAUCCUGAACAAGGACCACAGCACAGCCCUGAACACCAACUAGCUGGGAGCAUGUGGGAGGGACCCUCCGAACUGCUGGUCAACCUUAGUGCCAUCACUAGCUCACUAGACACAGGGAAGCAGGUGUUGUGACUGGUAUUUGAGUGCUUGAGUGGGGAAAUAGAGCUGUGACCCUGUGUGAGCCUCUGUCAGCCCUUCUUAGUGUCAAGUGUUGAUUAUUAAAAGCUUAACAUGGCUCACAAUGAGGUGCGAGCAAAUGAAUUGAGAAGGACCUGCAGAGCCACACUUGCCAGCUCUACAAUGGCCAGGGCUCUGCUAGGGAAAGUGGCAAAUGGGAGAGGGUGGUUCCCUCUGUCUCCAGUGGGCAGCGGGCUGUGGAAUAGGCUUUAUAAAUCGUUUCCUUUGUGAAUAAGAAUUUAUCACAGACUUGGUGUAGGGGAUGGUCCUUUACUCCCUAAAAAAGACGGAAGAGGGAUCACAGAUCACAUUUGGGAAGUAAAUUAUUGUUUCAAAUUUACAGUGACUCCCCACAAGAUUCAACCAAAUCUCAGGUUCACAGAAAUGGGUGGCUUCAAAGAGGUUCUCUGCAAUGUGAACACAAGUGAGCCCACUCCUCCACCAGCAGCAGCAGUUACCUGACCACCUCCUCAAGCAACAGAGGACCAAGACAGUCUGCGUCACCGGGCCAUAGAAAUGCUUUGGGGAGGCCGGGUGUGGAGGACAGGCUCUAAUCCACACCUGGGGUUAAAAAAGAGAUCACUUGGAGAAUAAGAGCUGAAAGUCAGCUGUUGAGCUUUUCCUUCUUAGAGUUUAGUGGUGUAGUUACAUGUAACAGAACAAUACAGAAUGACUGAAGGACAGUAAAACUUGAGACAGCUGGGUUCUGAGGUUGAGGCUAACCUGGUCAAAUAGCAAGUUCCAGGCUAGCCAAGGCAUCAAAGUGAGAUCCUGCCUCAAAAAACUAAACAAAAUAAUAAUUGCAAAAAGGACUAGAAAGAUGGCUUAGCAGUUAAGAGACUGGCUGCUCUUCUACAGGAUCCAGGUUUGAUUCCCAGUAAGCUCACAACCAUCUGUAAUUCUAGUUCGGGGGGAUCUGGUACCCUCUGGCCACCCUCAGGUACCAGGUAUGCAUGUGGUAUACAGUCAUACAUUCAGGCAAAACACUCAUAAAAAAUAAAGUCUGUAAGGAACAGAAUUUUGGAGACUUGAGGAUGUGGCUCAGCAGUUGAACUCUUCUCUAAUGUACAUCUCGCCACAAGAAAACCAAACAAAAGCAAUUUCUUGUCAGAAACACCAUUGGCAAGUGACUAUAGUCUAUUUCUAAAAGAGUCCAUUGUUAGCAUGCAAGACAUACUGAAAACUCGCAGCACAUUUGUGCUAAAGUUUACACCAUGCAGAAGUGACCUCAUUAGUCACAUGUUUCAUGUCAUUAUUUCGGAGGCUGAGGCAAACAGGGUGUUGCCAUUUUUUGUAUUUCUGAUCACUUACAUACUGUUGCAUUAAAGCAGAUUCUGCAUUGCUGUUAAUGUUGGUAUUGUUUACACACUCAGAAGUGAGGGGCAGCUCCUGGAAGGAAAGGGUCCAUUUGUGUUGACAAGAUUUUUACAGCAUUUGUUCCCAAAGUUCAAGUGACCAGGAAAUGAGUUCCUGGCUUUUCCAGGGCACUGAGAACUGUUGCAGGGGCCAGUAUGUGGAAACAUUGUGAUUUGCUGUAUCUUGUUCCCCCACUCAUUUUGAUGACACUAGAGAAAUGUGGAUAAAACUUUGUCACUCUUCCAUUUGAUUUUAGGUAGCCUUUUUUGUUGUCAUUGUUUUAAACAGGGCCUUUCUGUGUAGCCUUGACUGACUUGGAACUCACUAUGAAGACCAGGCUGGCCUUGAACUCAAGAGAUCCACUUGCCUCAGCUUCCCAAGUGCUGGGAUUAAAGACAAGUGCCACCACACCUGGCCAAGGUAGGCUUUAUUUAUUUGUGAAAGUUAAUUCAUUCCUGAUACAUGGAUUUUAAUAAAAAAAAAAAUGAAUUCAUUGAUACUAAUUAGAUUCCCCUAAAUUCACUCUGUGGAUUUAAAUAAAUUUUCUCAUAUUUUCACAAUUAAAACAUUUAUAUUUAAUGCCAAAUGCAAAUAAUUUCCAUGUUUCCAUUUUUAUCACCCACUGCUGUUACACACACUAGAUCUAUUCUUCAUUGUGCUUUAGUCUAAACAGCCUUCAGUGAAUUUUCUGUGGCUUUAAUUUUCUAGACUUGUUUAAAAAAUAGUAAAUACCCAAAACAUCCUAUCAUUCCAGCAGUAUGGCUCUUAAAAUGAUGCUUCCCAAUCUUUACAUGAUUGUGAUCAUGAGUUUAAAAUUUCCUCCACCCCAUGGGGGAAAAUUAACCCAAGGGUUCAAAGCCUCCACACUGUCAUCUGUUCCUACAAGCUCUUUGGCCUGGACGAGGGACAGAGUGCCUGGUACACUGCACACCCUGCUAACAUUUGCAGCAAGCCUUAACCAUUCUCUACCAAGAUGCAAGUUUCAUAAUAACAGAAGCAUGCGUGUGUGGUUGUCAUUGUUGGGGGAGACACAGUCAGGGUCACUGGCCACAGGAGUGUACUGACUACUGCUGUACGCUUUGGCAUGGGAAUCUUGUUGUCUAUUUUCUGCACUGACCACCUGCAGUUCUAUGAUUGGACGGGGAAUUCUGCUUUAAAGACAUUUACUGGACUCAGUAAACAUGAGAUGGAGAGGUGAUGGUUGUGAUCUUUAUAACUAUUAUUUUAGGGCUUUAUCAUCUUGCUGUGACCAUAGGAAUCUGGCAGGUGCCCCCACUGACCUGUCAGCCACAUGCUUACUCUAUUUUUCUGUGUCUAGAGCACAUCAAGCAGCAAUACCACCUGAAGCUUUUGCCCUGGACCUUUCGCCCUGGACCUUUCAGUCCUGUUGUAACCAUUGAUGGCUUUGUACGUGUUCUGCUUUUUUCCUCACAAAGCAAACGUGAGCAUCAUGUUUACAUCACACCUCCCCAGCGCACUUGGCUUGACAAAAGAUGAGCAGACUUCUGUUUCUAGUUUCAUAAACACUUAUUUAAUCUUUUUUUUAAUUGUACAGCAAGGUGCUCAAAGUAAUAGUCUAUAAAUAUAUUUAAUAGAAACUUGAGUUUGACAUUCAUGAGCAUAAGGAUCUGUAUUUUUUUAAAGAAAUAAGUAUUGUGUAACACUAUGGCUUUGCUUCUGUAGCCAAAGUAGAGAAACUUCUGGAAUAUGAUGUAAAAAAGCAACAGUUGAUUUCUGACACUGUCAUUAAAACUGGACGAUUGGCAUUUGGUCAUGUUAUGUUGCACAUGGAGCUGCAAGCCUUAAAGCCACCUGUGCAGAAGAGUGCAGCCGGCCACCAGGCACUUCCUUACCUUCAGAAGGACUGUGCAAAAUUAGAAUAAUUUAUUUUGCUUUACAGGAGUUUGUCAUGUAUUGACUUAAAUAUUGUAUUUUGGUAAUAAAUUUUUUUGUUAAAAACA